CCCCCCCAAAAAAAAAAAAACAUCUCUUCUUGGGUCUGCAGAUUUUCCCUGAAGUUUAAAUUGAUAGUCAUUUUGAAGGUGGGGGAUAGAUUAGUGGAAACAGUUAGGUGUAGGGUCAUUUCUUUUUCUUUUUUUUUUAUUCCUUUUGUGUUUCACAGUAGAUAUUGUCUGCCUUUUUCUGUAAAACACACAAAAAUAAAAACAAAAAAACAUUUAUUUUAUUUCAGUUCAUCCCUCUCCCUCUUUAUAUCUGUUAUUUCAUCCUCUUUCGUUUCUCAGACUCUUCUCCAAAAUCCUAAACGCAAAAGAAGUAUCAGUCAGUUCAGCUAAGGAGAGCAGAGUUCUAUAAAGAAAGCCGAAAUGUACUGUCUUUGACAUGUUAUAAGCUGGAAACAUUGCCAUUACUUGAAUGGAUGCUAUGCUCUAAAUCUCUUAGAAAAGUCAAAAACCAGCUACUCUAUUGGGUUUUCUGGGAUUUAUUCAUUUUCCAGGAAAGUUUAAGGAGAGAAAUGAAAGCUCAGAUGGCAUAAGUUUUUGGGCUUUUAGAAUUGAAGAAAAGAGGUGGAGAUGUCUGGAAAGCUUCUAAAUUCUUUCAGGGAUGAAAACAGAGAUUUGCAGAAGCAGAUAGGUUGCAUGAAUGGAAUAUUUCAGUUCUUUGAUGGCCGGCAUUUUCUCAGCAAACGCCGAAUCAGCAGCCAAAACCAGAAGAGACUACCUCCAGGUCAAAGUGGCAACCAUGGAAUGGAAUCCAGCAGUAUGACGCAGGAAACCAUAGAAAAUCUCCCAAAGGAGGAGGCCGUGAAAGAGAAGCAGGGAGUCUCAGUCGAAUCCUCCAGAACCUCUGUUUCAUCCUCUUGUUCAUCUACAUUUUCGUCAGUUGAUUGCAAUAAAAUAGCUCAUCCUGAACCAUCUUCCUUCGGCCAUAGCAUUUUCCCUGGAACCAAACAGUCCCUUGAUCUCCGGGAUGUUGUCAAGGACUCAAUCUCCAGGGAAACAUAUGGGUUAUCACUCAAGACUAAAGUGAAAGGAGUGAGACAUGUUGUGAAGAAUGUAGAUUCCCCAAGGCCAUUGCAGCUGUCUAAAUCUGUAAAUCCGGAAGUUUCUAGUCUGGAUGGAUCGUUUCGAGUUAUUGCUAAGCUUCGUGAAGCACCUCAAAGUUCCAACAAAGAGAAGUCUCGGGCAUUGUCACUAAAGGAUGCCCCUCGGUUCUCUUAUGAUGGAAGGGAAUCACGAGAUACAUGGAAAUCUUCCAUAAAGCUCAAAGAGCUCUUCCCAAGACUAUCAUUGGACAGUAGAGAAGGAUCCAUCAGGAGAUCUGCUUUUGAAUCCAGAUCAAACUAUCUUUUAGAUGAUCUACAGAGGAGAAAUGGGAAGACCAUUGAGCCAGAAAGUACUAAACAACCAACUAGUGUGGUAGCAAAGUUAAUGGGAUUAGAAGUUUUUCCGGAUUCUGUGUCCGGUAAAGACGAUCAGGAAAGGAAGAUUAAAUGUUUCCCUGAUGAGGGUCUUGAUACAAUUUCAAAUUCAUCAAGAAAAGCUGAUGAAAGCAAGCAUAACCAAGUUUCGAGGUCUCCAAGAACUCUCCAGAGAGAACCUGCCUCGCCUCAGUUGAGAAAUGUUAAAGGAAAAUCAAAAUUUCCACUAGAACCAGCUCCUUGGAGGCAGCCAGAAGGGAAUCGAGGCAGUCGCAAACCAGUUUUCAUAUAUCGGGAAGCAAACACAAAGACCCAAAAUUCAUGCCCUUCUGUUUACAAUGAAAUUGAGAAAAGGUUGACAGAACUUGAGUUUAAAAGAUCUGGCAAGGAUCUGAGAGCUCUUAAACAGAUACCUGAAGCAAUGCAAAAAACUAAGGAGAAGCUAGAUGCCUCAGAUUCAGAGCCUCAAACAAGCACUCCCAUCCCAAAUUACCGCAACUUUGGUCAGAAUUCUAUAUUACCAAUACAGCGCAGCCAGAUUACUCCCACCAUGAAAUCAGAAUCCUCUAUUGUGAUCAUAAAACCCGCUAAAGUUGUUCAAAAACCGAGAAAUGCGGGUUCCACUGCAAUCCCAAUUGAGGGUAUAUCGGGCCUCCACAUACUCCGGACCAGAAGUAAUACAGAUAGCAGAAAGGAUUCCGUUGACAAACAAACAGCCAAAGAUCUGACUCCGAGAAACAACCAUUUUAGAGAACCUUCAUGCCGGCCUGUCAACACAAACUACAAAGGCAUGAGCCCAAGACUACAACAGAAGAAGCAUGGGAUGGAGAAGCAAUCUCAUCCAACCAUCCAGACAUCUGAUUCACGCAGGGCCAGAAGGCAUUUGACUAAGCAGCAAAUACAAGCAGGUUCCCCAAGUAGAAAAUUCAAGCCCAAAUCUCCCAAUUUGCAACACAGUGAUGAUCAAUUGACUGAGUUCAGUAGUGAAACAAGACACCUGAGUCACCAAGGUGAUGCGAUUUCUGUACAAUCAGAAAGCAAUACAAGUUUGGCCUCAGAGACUAUGGACAUAGAAGUCACAAGCACUGAUCGCUCCAAAGAAAUCAAUGGUGCAAACCUGCACAAGAAUCAGAAAAAUGAGAUAGUGGCAAGGUUGAUUAAAGACAGAUCAAAAGCUGAACUAACAACAGCCACCUUGGAACAACCAAGCCCUGUCUCUGUUCUUGAUAUUACAUUCUACGGAGAAGAAUCACCGUCUCCUGUAAAGAAGAAAUCAAAUGCUUUUAAAGAUGAGGAGACCCUAAAUUCUGAUGAAGCGGAAUGGAAUUUGGUAGAUCUACAUGACUUGCUGAACAGCAAAAGACCACAUCUCAGCCCUGACUUUGGUCGAGAAAAAUUAGAAAACAUCAAGCACUUGGUUCAUAAGCUCAGACAAGUGAACUCCACACACAAUGAAGCUUCUACAGAUUACAUUGCAUCUCUUUGUGAGAACAAAAAUCCAGAGCAUAGAUACAUUACCGAGAUAUUGUUGGCAUCCGGAAUAAUGCUCAAAGAUCUAGGCUCAAGCUCGACAAUCAUUCAGUUCCACCCAUCGGGCCAUUUGAUCAACCCUAAUUUGUUCCUUGUCCUGGAACAAACUAAGGGCAGGAUUGAACUUCCAGAUGAUGAACGCAGCACUGAAAAGAUUGACAAAUCAAAAUUCAAUCAGAAAAUCCACAGAAAACUUAUAUUUGAUACUGUCAAUGAGAUCCUAGUCCACAAAGUAAGUUCAUUAGGUUUUUCUGAGCCAUGGAUCUCUCCAAACAAACUGGGAGUAAAAAGCCUCAGUGGACAGAAGCUUCUGAAAGAAUUGUGUUCGGAGAUGGAUCAUCUGCAAGCUAAACCCAAAUGUAGCUUAGGUGAUGAGGUUGAUGGUUUGAUAAGCAUCUUAAGUGAGGAUAUGAAGCAUCAAACACAAAAUUGGGAAGACUGCCAUACCGAGGUUCCAGGGGUAGUAUUAGACAUCGAGCGCCUAAUAUUUAAAGACCUGAUUGGUGAGGUUGUGAGCGGUGAGUUGGCUGGUCUGCAAUGUAGGCAAACCAAGCAUUGCAGGCAACUUUUUUCCAAGUAGUGUUUUGAUCUUCUAUUCCCUUCCAAUGUUUUCCUUCCCUCUUUUGUUUCUAGAGUAAAAGCAUAAUAAUUCAUGAAUGAGAACUGCAUCUGUUUGCUGGCCUGUAAAGAAAAUAUCUUCCAGUGUUUAUAAUUAUAACACAAAGUUUAUUAUACAAGAUGUAAAUAUAAGAAUACUUCAGCUUUUCAUUUUUU